AUGUCUUUGAAUAUUUUCCACCAGCAAAGAAAACCCUACAUAUACUUCAGUAGUUGUCUUACAGCAGUAGUAGGUAGUUGCAGUAUUAUUAGUAGUAGUUGUAGUAUUAGUAGUAGUAGUGGUAGUACCAGUAGUUGUAGUAUUGGUAGCAGCAGUAGCUGUAGUACAAGUAGUACUAGCAGCAGCAGUAGUAGUACCAGUAGUAGAAGUAGCAGUAUCAGCAGUAGUACUAGUAGUAGCAGUAGUGUCAGUAAUAGUAGUACCAGUAGUACUAGUAGUGGCAGUAGUGGCAGUAAUAGUAGUCCCAGUAGUACUGGUAGUAGCAGUAGUGUCAGUAAUAGUAGUACUAGUAGUACUAGUAGUAGCAGUAGUGUCAGUAAUAGUAGUAGCAGUAGUACUAGUAGUAGCAGUAGUGUCAUUAAUAGUAGUACCAGUAGUACUAGUAGUAGCAGUAGUAUCAGUAAUAGUAGUACCAGUAGUACUGGUAGUAGCAGUAGUGUCAGUAAUAGUAGUACCAGUAGUACUAGUAGUAGCAGUAGUGUCAGUAAUAGUACCAGUAGUACUAGUAGUAGCAGUAGUGUCAGUAAUAGUAGUACCAGUAGUACUAGUAGUAGCAGUAGUGUCAGUAAUAGUAGUACCAGUAGUACUGGUAGUAGAAGUAGUGUCAGUAAUAGUAGUACCAGUAGUACUAGUAGUAGCAUUAGUGUCAGUAAUAGUAGUACCAGUAGUACUAGUAGUAGCAGUAGUGUCAGUAAUAGUAGUACCAGUAGUACUAGUAGUAGCAGUAGUGUCAGUAAUAGUAGUACCAGUAGUACUGGUAGUAGCAGUAGAGUCAGUAAUAGUAGUACCAGUAGUACUGGUAGUAGAAGUAGUGUCAGUAAUAGUAGUACCAGUAGUACUAGUAGUAGCAGUAGUGUCAGUAAUAGUAGUGCCAGUAGUACUAGUAGUAGCAGUAGUGUCAGUAAUAGUAGUCCCAGUAGUACUGGUAGUAGAAGUAGUGUCAGUAAUAGAGUACCAGUAGUACUAGUAGUAGCAGUAGUGUCAGUAAUAGUAGUACUAGUAGUAGCAGUAGUGCCAGUAAUAGUAGUACCAGUAGCAUUAGUAGUUCUAGUAGUAUUACCAAUAGUAGUAGUAGUGGUGUUAGUAGUAUUACCAGUAGCAGUAGUAGUAUUACAUUUAGUGUUAGUAGUAGUACCAGUAGUGUUAGUAGUAUUACCAGUAGCAGUCAUAGUAGCAGUAGUAGUUGUAAUAGCAUUAGUAGUUGCAGCAGCUUCAUCAGUGUUUGUGCCUGGCAUUGAUGGAAGAUGGCAGGCAGCUCCAACCUAA